AAAAUAUUAGAACAGCAAACUGGCGUAUCCUUACAUCAAUUAUCAUGUUUCGAAUACGGAGCGAAAAAUUCAUCCGAGGUGGUGGAGUGGCGGGGUAGCUGGAGCGAUUUCACAAAGUAUAGUUAUGCCGUUCGAUCUGCUGGAGUCCCAAAUGAUGAUCCUCAAGAAGGAUCGAACAACGUUACAAACCGCUUUUCGACUUAUUAAAAGGCAUGGAUACUUAUCCCUGUACGAUGGCUAUAGUGCUCAGAUGUUGCGGCAAUUAACGUAUACGACAGUGCGAUUUCAUUUAUACGAUAUAGGCAAGCAAUAUGUAGAUGAGUUUAACUUUCUUCACAAGAUAUUUGUGGCAACGGUAUCGGGAAUGUUGGCCGGAAUUAUUGGCAUACCCAGCGAAAUGAUAAACACACGCAUGCAAGUAGAUCGCGAAAUGGGUCCACAGCACAGGCGAAAUUAUAAGCAUGUAUUUGAUGGAUUUCGCAGAGUAGUUCGUGAGGAGGGUUUUAGGGCCCUUUAUACGGGCGGUCUAUUUGCAUGCUCACGUGCCGCUCUUAUAACUAUAGGUCAAAAUGCUAUGUACGAUCAGAGCAAGAUAUUGUUUUUGCGUUAUCUUAAGGUGGAGGAGAAUAGCAAAUGGCUGCACACGAUUAGCUCCCUCGCAGCAGGACUUAUCUGUGUUCCUUUGGUUCAGCCUCUAGAGAUCCUUAAGACAAUGCAAAUGGUGUCAACAUCAACGUUUUUAAGUACACGCUCUGAGAAGACAACCUAUAUGAUGCGUUUUGGCCUAAGAGGACUUUUUCGUGGAUUUACCGCAACUGUGUGUCGCAUGGUACCUAGUACAAUUAUCAUGUUUGUUGCGUAUGAACAGUUACGACUUCAAUUUGGAUAUUAUAAGGAAACUGAUUUGCAAAAAUCCAAUAAAUAAAACCACAAAAAUGUUGCUUUAUGUUAA